ACAGCGACGCCAUUUGUAGUAAAUACAAGUGCCAUCCAAAUCUCUUUUCGAACCCUUCUUAGCUACGAGCUACACAGCGGUAGAACAAACUUAGGCAAAAAUGCAAACAAAACGGAGAGAACCUCUUCAAGCCGUUCAAGUUUUCGGCAAAAAGAAAACAGCUACUGCUGUUGCCCAUUGCAAACGCGGUCAUGGAUUGAUCCGUGUCAAUGGUCGUCCAUUGGACAACAUUGAACCAAAAGUGUUGCAAGCUAAACUCCAAGAACCAGUUCUUCUCUUGGGCAAAGAAAAGUUCGCCGGUGUCGACAUUCGUGUUCGCGUCAGCGGUGGUGGUCAUGUAUCACAAAUCUACGCCAUCCGUCAAGCCAUCUCAAAGGCCUUGGUCGCUUAUUAUCAAAAAUACGUCGAUGAAGCCUCAAAGAAAGAAUUGAAAGACAUCCUCAUCCAAUACGACCGAACAUUGUUGGUUGGUGAUCCACGUCGCUGCGAACCAAAGAAAUUCGGCGGUCCAGGCGCUCGUGCUCGUUAUCAAAAAUCAUACCGUUAAACGCAGCAAAUUUUGUCUGCAUGUAUCCAGUUUGCAAGGUUUUUCGUUACAACAACGAAGAGCAAUUCAUUUUCGGCGAACAAUAUCACUGCGUGAUAGAGUUUUAUUCCAAUUCAAAAUCAUUGUUCUUUUGAAAUAAACAAUGCAAAUCACAUUCUACAGAUAAAAAAAA